UUUAAUAUUGGCAUUAAAACGUAGUGGGACUGAAUGUGACUUCUCUCCUCAGUGUAACGUCAUUCCAAAAUGGCGGCGAGCAUUGCACAGCGUUUGUAUUUAUUUCAUGUUAGAACAGGGAUACACAUGUUCCCAAAUCUUCGCGAAAUCAGGAGUGUCAGUUUACCAUUUUUUAACAGCCUCAUAUCGUCACGGGUUUGUUUUGGGACCCGUGGUACAGAUAUCCCAGAGGAAACCCAAGUGCACAUUCCAAUAGAGCGUCUGACAGUGUCCUACAGCAGGAGCAGUGGACCCGGCGGGCAGCAUGUCAACAAAGUAAGCACAAAAGCAGAAGUCCGAUUCCAUCUGCACACGGCAGACUGGAUCCCCGAGGAGGUUCGGCUAAAAAUCCUCCAAAAGAAUAAAAACCGUAUCAAUAAGGCCGGGGAGCUGCUGGUGACCUCUGAGAUGAGCAGGAGUCAGCAGCGGAACCUGUCGGACUGCAUACAGAAGAUCUCCGCCAUCGUAGCCGAGGCCAGCCAGAAGCCCCCCGAACCCACAGCCGAAGACGUGGCUCUGAGAGAGCAAAGGUUGCAGAAGAGGAACAGGGAGCGACUCAGACAGAAGAAAAUCCAGUCAGUCGUCAAAAGCAGCAGACGAGUGGAUUUUGACUGACUAAUGUUUGUGGAUUUCAUAAUUUAUAUUUUUGUGGCUCAUAACUUAUUUAAUGACCGCCUUUAAUGCUCUGUUGAAUAAAAAAUCAACCAAUAAAAGUGAAACUUCAG